CCGGCAGCGGCAGCGGGGGGACGCGAUGAGCUGCGGCGAGCUUUUCCAGGUGUACAGCGCGAGGGCCGUGUCCACGCCAGCCAUGCCCGUGGACCUGGCCAUGCAGCUCUGCCUGAGCCACUCGCCCCCCCUCCGCAAGCUGCUCAACUCUUACGAGGAGCUGCGGGGAAACCGGGGGCACAAACCCCUGCGGUCUUGUCUCAACCCAAAACUGAGCGCGGAACCUGAGCGGCGAGAUAGCACCAAGGGCUCCAAGGGCCAGAAGAAGAAGAGAGUCGUGUUUGCUGACAUGAAGGGGCUCUCACUGACGGCUGUCCGCUUCUUCUCCAAGAUCGAGGAGGACCUGUGUGACUUGCAGCACGCCCUGUCCGACCUUGCCUGCUUCCGACCUAGGCUGCGAGACCCCCGCCCAGAAGUGUGCAGGUACGUGCUGGACUUCCCACAGCCCUCUGCGGACUACGCAGCUUUCCGCAGCCGCCUGCACAGCGACCUGGUCUGCCUGGAGAACUGCUUGAUCCAGGACCGUGCCCUGUCAGGGACAGUGAAGGUCAGAAACAUUGAGUAUGAGAAGAGAGUGAUGGUCCGUAUCACCUGCGACGGCUGGAAGAGCUUCCGGGACGUCUCCUGUCAGUACAUGCACAGCACCUACGGCUCAGCCGACACAGACAUCUUCUCUUUUGAGCUCGUCCUGCCCAAACCAUCCAUCUCACGCAGGGCCACAGAGUUCUGCAUCUACUUCCAGUGUGGACAGAAGACCCAUUGGGACAACAACCAUGGGAGGAACUACAAGAUCUGCCAGGUGGGCGUGAGCCACCCUCCCUCUCACGCUGUGAAGACUGCCAACGGGGCCCGGGAGCACCUUGGCACCUCUCGGGCAGCUGCCCUGGUACUUUCUCACCUCCAGACCUGGCGUCGCUCAGAGACCCAGGCUCCUUACUGGUAGCAGAGCCGUGUGGAGAGGUGCAGGUCCCUGCUGUGCCCCGAGUAUGGCUCGAGGGUCUUUGGGGAGGGGUCAGCUGCAAGAGAUGCUGCUCAGAAGUUGCGUUGGCACCUCCACGCCUCGGGCCUGUUGGCUUUCGAGCAGCUCCCACUCCACGGAAGCUCCUUGAGUGCUGGCUCGUGCCACGGAGCCGUGAAGCCGUUGCUCGGUGUCACUCCUGCCCGUAGGUUCCCGAGGCAGCGGCAGUGACACGGGGACGGCUGCAGCCUGCGCACCAGGGCUGCGGGAGCCACCUUGCGGGCGGGGGGGGGUCAUGGUGCUGCCCAAGUGCCUUUGGCGGCGGGCGGAGCGCGGGGUGCCCGAACCUGCCGGGGCUGUACCGGGCGUUUAAUAAAGUGUGUG